AUGCCUUGCUCUGAAGAGACCCCCGCCAUCUCCCCCAGCAAGCGCGCCAGGUCUACGGAGGAGGGGGUCAUGCGCAUCCGCUUUGCCCGGCUCUCGGAGCACGCCACGGCCCCGACCAAGGGGUCAGCACGGGCGGCAGGCUAUGACCUGUACAGUGCCUAUGAUUAUACAGUACCACCCAUGGGGAAAGCCCUUGUGAAAAUAGACAUUCAGAUAGCCCUUCCUUCUGGAUGUUAUGGAAGAGUAGCUCCACAUUCUGGCUUGGCUGCAAAACACUUCAUAGAUGUAGGAGCUGGUGUCAUAAAUGAAGACUAUAGAGGAAAUGUUGGUGUUGUGUUAUUUAAUUUUGGCACAGAAAAGUUUGAAGUGCAAAAGGGUGAUCGAAUUGCACAGCUGAUUUGUGAACACAUUUUUUAUCCAGAAAUAGAGGAAGUUCAAGCUUUGGAUGUCACUGAAAGGGGUUCAGGAGGUUUUGGUUCUACUGGAAAAAUUUUAAAUUUAUGCCAAGAACAGAAAACAUACUUCUAG